GCCCAGCAGCUGUCACUCAGCCGCGCCCGGUCCCGCGGCUUAGUCUUCCCUCGCCCGGGGCCCCGCAGAGGCAGCCCCCGCCCGGCCGGGAGACAUGAGGGGCCCGGCCCCUUGCUGAGGUUUCCUUAGUGUGAAGUAAAUGUGUUUGUUCCAGCCUGUAAGCUGCUGAAACUAACCCUUACCAUGGCAUCUGCAGCUCUACCAGUUACGUUUAAGGAGUUUUGCCCCCUGUACUAUCUCCUCAAUGCCAUUCCUACGAAGGUCCAAAAGGGAUUUCGCUCCAUUGUGGUGUACCUCACAGCGCUUGAUACCAAUGGGGACUACAUUGCUGUGGGCAGUAGCAUUGGAAUGCUCUAUCUGUACUGCAGACAUUUAAACCAGAUGAAAAAAUACAAUUUAGAGGGGAAGACUGAAUCUAUUACUGCUGUAAAGUUGUUGAGCUGCUUUGAUGAUCUUGUUGCUGUUGGUACAGCUUCAGGCCGGGUUGCAAUUUUUCAACUUGUCUCUUCGUUACCUGGAAGAAACAAACAACUUCGGAGAUUUGAUGUGGCUGGUAUCCACAAAAGCAGCAUCACAGCCUUAGCUUGGAGUCCCAAUGGAAUGAAAUUAUUCUCUGGUGAUGACAAAGGGAAAAUUGUCUAUUCUGCUCUGGAUUUAGACCAGGGUAUUUGCAACUCCAGUCUGGUAUUGGAAGAGCCAUCUUCAGUUGUACAAUUGGAUUAUAGCCAGAAAGUGCUGCUGGUCUCUACUUUACAGAGAACACUACUUUUUUACACAGAAGAAAAAUCUGUCAAGCAAGUUGGAACACAGCCCAGAAAAAACACUGGCAAAUAUGGAGCAUGUUUUAUACCUGGACUGUGUAAGCAAAGUGACCUGACACUAUUUGCCUCAAGAUCUGGGCUCCGCCUCUGGAAGUCUGAUGUCCAUGGAACUGUGCAGGCCACAUUUAUUUUAAAAGAUGUAUUUGCUGGAGGAAUAAAGCCCUUUGAACUGUAUCCUCGGCUGGAGUCAUCUGACAAAGGAAAUUACAGCUUCCCAGAGAAACACCUUGGGCUCAUUUCUUGCCUUUCCCAGGAAGGAUGGGUGUUGAGCUGGAACGAAUAUAGUAUCUAUUUAUUUGACACUAUGAACCAGGCUAUAAUAGGUGGCUUGGAAGGAUCUGGUGAUAUUGUGUCUGUGUCGUGUACCAACAAUGAGAUUUUUCUCUUAAAGGGAGAUAGAGACAUAAUAAGAAUUUCAAGUAGACCUGAAGGACUUGUAUCAAUAGUGAAAGAUGAUCGGGAAACAACACUGGUAUCGGAGAAAAGUCUUGAUAGAGUGUGGGACUUAAGCAGUGAAACAAGAAAAAGAGGCUGUUCGGUAGCUAGUGAAUCAAGAAGCAGGAGCAGUUCAGUAAAUUCUGUGGACAGUGGCUCUAGUCUCCUGACAAGUGGAGACCAACCAUUGUCUGAAGUGCAUAGAGAGAGUCGACCUUCUUCACAACGGUUCAGCAUAAUCAGCUGUGAAGACUUUGACCAGGAACUCAUUGUAAAUCCCAUCAAAGUAAAAAAGGAGAAGAAGAAAAAGAAGAGACAAGAAAAUGUGACCAGGAAAAACCACAGUUCUCUGGAAGGUACACCAAAUUAUGAGCGUCAGUUUUCUGGUGAUAGUGUACGUUCUCUAAAUGCAGAUUCAUUGUCCAUGACUUCUAGCCUAAUGAGCUAUAGUAUAGAUCACUUGAGCACAGGUUCUCCAGAUCAGGAAAGUGAGUUCGGUGUGGAGUCACAUGCUGUCUUGCAGGAGGAUAAUGGCUCGGAAUCAUUCAGUGUGCUUCAGUCUCCAUGCAUUAGUACUGCAACAGAUUCGGAAGAAAAUGGAGGUACAAUUGAAUUACUAAAACUUCCUAACAGGGACAGUGGAAUGAAUACACCAGCUGUUACACCUACUCUGAUCUCCAACCCUCUCUUAAUCCUCACUGAAGACGUAGGGGGUAGCGAUGAAACAGAAUGUAAUCCAAGCCUGCUUUCUGAAAAUACUGAAUGCCAUUCUAAAUUGUUACCCCUAGAGGAACAACAGAAUUUUCCUGUGCUAUGUAAAGUAGAUGAAACUUUAGCAAGAAUAAGUCUGAAGGAUACUGAAAAUGCUUUUGAAGAAACUAAGAUCACAGACAAAGUGUCUUUAGGUUUUAAUACCACAUGUAAUGCUGAAAAAUCACUGGCACAGGAAAGAAGUGAUGAAGCUCACAGGGGAGAGCAGCAGCCACAUUGUUUAAUAAAUACUGCCUCAGAAAACCCUACAGAUCCCCAGCCUGACUUCUCUAGGGAAGAUGUGUGUUCACAAGAGACUGCGGUUUCUGGAUGGGACUUGGAGGAUGCAAUCAAAGCUAAGUGUAGUGCUGCUGCUGCUGAAUGGGUAACCAACACACACGAUACCAGGACUGAGAAAUCUGCAUCCAGUGAUGAAGAGGAUAUUUAUGGGCAUGGACUACCAUAUUCAUCUUCAGAGACUAGUGUGACAGAAAUUGGGGGAAGUUUUACUUCCCAGGAUAUGACCAGAACAAGCCUAGAUGAAAUAAUGCUCUUAAAAUCAGAUCAGUUUGCAGAAAGCUGGAUGGGAUAUUCUGGCCCUGGCUAUGGGAUACUCAGCCUGGUUGUAUCAGAAAAGUAUAUUUGGUGCCUGGACUACAAAGGUAGUCUCUACUGUAGUGCUUUACCUAGUGCAGGUCUGCGGUGGCAAAAGUUUGAAGAUGCUGUCCAGCAGGUGGCAGUCUCGCCUUCAGGGGCUCUUCUCUGGAAGAUUGAACAGAAAACUAACAAAGCAUUUGCCUGUGGAAAAGUAACCAUAAAAGGAAAGCGCCACUGGUAUGAGGCUUUACCUCAGACAGUAUUUGUAGCUUUAAGUGAUGACACUGCCUGGAUUAUCAGAACUAAUGGAGAUCUGUAUCUGCAAACAGGCCUGAGUGUGGAUCGUCCAUGUGCCAGAGCAGUAAAGGUUGAUUGUAUGUAUCCGCUAUCUCAAGUUACAUCCAGAAACAAUGUAGUGUGGGCACUGACUGAGCAGCGGGUGCUUCUCUAUCGAGAGGGAGUAAGCAGCUUCUGUCCUGAAGGAGAACAAUGGAAGUGUGAUAUUAUCAGUGAAAUGCAAGCUUUGGAACCAGUGUGCAUAACGCUUGGAGACCAACAGACGUUAUGGGCUUUGGACAUACAUGGAAAUCUAUGGUUCAGAACUGGUGUAGUUUCAAAGAAACCGCAAGGGGAUGAUGACCAUUGGUGGCAAGUAAGCAUUACAGAUUACGUCGUGUUUGACCAAUGCAGCCUCUUCCAGACAAUAAUCCAUGCAACACACACAGUGGCAACAGCAGCCCAGGCUCCAGUAGAGAAGGUGGCGGAGAAACUUCGAAUGGCAUUUUGGUCACAGCAGCUUCAAUGUCAGCCCAGCCUUCUUGGAGUCAACAGUAGUGGGGUCUGGAUCUCUUCAGGCAAAAACGAGUUCCAUGUAGCAAAGGGAAGUCUAAUAGUUCAUGCCAAAUUAUUAACAGUCUCUUCAUCAUUAGGAGCUAUAAAAUUGACCAGUUUGGCAUGUGGAAAUCAGCACAUCUGGGCGUGUGACACUAGUGGCGGCGUUUACUUCCGUGUAGGAACUCAGCCUCUAAACCCAAGUUUGAUGCUUCCUGCAUGGAUAAUGAUUGAGCCACCUGUACAGCCAGUGGGAAUAAACUUGGUCAGUGUUCAUUCAAGUCCAAAUGAUCAGAUGCUAUGGGCAAUUGAUAGCAAAUGGAAUGUCCAUGUACGAAUAGGAAUUACAGAAGAAAUGCCAGUAGGCACUGACUGGGAACAUGUACCAGGGUUGCAGGCAUGUCAGCUGGCUAUAAGUACAAGAACUGUUUGGGCAUGCUGUCCAAAUGGAGAUGUAGCACGUCGGUAUGGCAUUACUGACAAAAACCCAGCAGGAGACUACUGGAAGAAGAUUCCAGGGAGUAUGUCUUGUUUAACAGUGACACCUCUAGAUGAACUGUGGGCGAUUGGUUCUUCAGGAUACCUUCUUCAGCGCCUCACGAAAACAUUCAGUCACUCUCAUAGCUUGCAAAAAAGUAGUGACACUUCUGUUUUGCUUCACCCUGAUGAUUUUGAAGAUGAAUGGGAAGUGAUAUGAAGGCACUCAAGCAUGUGAGGCAGUGGAAUAACGAGAGAGCAAUGCUUGUAUUUCCAGUAACAUGCAUAGAAAAUGUUGGGGUUUAAAGUCACUUGUAUUUAAAAUGCAAUAUUAGCACUUUUUUUUACUAAAAAACUGACCUGUCAAAUAACCCCCAAACUGUGCAUUCAUAUGUUUGUUCCAGUAUUUCUUGGGAGACAGUAAGUGUGGCAUACUGAAAUUGUUCAACUGUAUUACCCUAGCAGCUCAUUUGGAAAUAUAACUCUGUUAACCUUAUUAGUAGUGAAAGUGAAUAUUUUACAACAGCAUGCACACUAAUAUAUAUGUACUUCUUUUGAGAAGGCUUUGUGUUACAUUAAAUAUUUCUCAAUAGCAGAAACAUUCAAUAUUUCUCAAUUUCUUCCUGUACUUGAAACUCCAGUUAGAGAAAUGCCGUCUGUCUGUCGUGUCGUACGAAUUUAAGAUGAUCCCAAUAGGGACUAAAAACUUAUUCUACAGCACGGGUGUCAAAAUGAAUAUUGUUUGGACCAUUUUCAUUUCAAAAUCUCCAAUGCUUCACUGACCUUCCAUCUCUGGACAUUUGGGUUCAAUAACUGGUUUCAUUCACAGAUGAGAAGUUUGAAAUUACCCUAAUCUCAGGUGGAUAUUUGUCCACCCCACAUACCAUCAAGAAACUGACUGACUGCUCCAUGAGGCCCAGGGUUGGAAUAGCAGCAAAGUUGUGGAUCAGGUUUCUGGUACAUUGGCAGGAUUGUGUGAGGCAGCUUUCUUGGUACCUGAUGCACUGUAUUUGUGCCUACAGCCAGUGCUUUAUGGCCUGGACUUAUUUUUUAAAAUACCAAAUUCAGACAGUUUAAAAAAUAUGGCAAUU